AUGUUUAACAAAUUAGAAGCUAUUUUCAUCCAAACUGUAAUAAUUUAAUUUCUCCUAUUAAUAAAAUAAACAAAGAGAAAUCCAAACAAAAAAUAAGCCAUAUAAUAAGAUAGGAAUAAAUAAUCUUCUUUUUAUUAAUCUUUACUCUUGUUUCUCAAAAUAGAAAUAAAAAUACUUUGUAAUGGCUUAGAAGUUAUCAAAGUAAAAUUAUAAAUAAAGGCAUAUGACCAACCUAGAAGAAACGAACUCAUUAGAAAUCCAUUGGGAGAUGUAUAUAAGCACAAAAUAUUAAUCAAAAGAGAAAGAGCAGUAAACACAAUAGAAAAUCUUUAAGACUAUUUAAAUGAGAAUAAGUCAAUCAUUAAUCCUAUUAUGAAUUGGGGUAGCAUAUCAAAACAAAUUAUAUAUAAGUUAAAAUAUAAAUUGCUAUUGCUCAUACCGCUUAUAAUAUUUCCCUACGAGGAAAUGUAAUCAUCCAUAUUUUUGUAUGAUAAAUUCAAAAGUAUUGAGGAUAAGAUAGAACCAAUAAGAAUUUUAUUAUCAUGCUUAAUUUUAUAAUAUUAAAUUUCUUGUUAAAUUUAUUAUUCUAGUUAAGGUAUUUAAAUUAGUCUGUUUUCAUUACCAGGUAAUCUAAUUUUAGAAAUUUAUUCAAUCAUUUAUUUAUAUUUGCGUUUUGAUGGUAAAUUUAAUUUAUUAAGAUAUUUAUUUUCAACAAAAACAUUAAUUAAAAAAUAAUUCCAAUCAAAAUUAUUAAAGAAUUAAGCCAAUUAUAUUGUCCAUUGA